AUGUUGGGCACGGAAGAAACUGCUAUCUCGUAUACGCUGGGGUAUCCAAUUUAUCGAGCGAUUUGCAACCUCUUCUUCCAUCCUCUGUCCAAGAUAAAAGGCCCACCAUUAUGGUCUGCCUCACGAUUACCGUUUAUAUAUUCGCUCCUUCGGGGAACUCUAAUUCACGACGUGGAAAAUCUUCAUCGAAAAUACGGCCCAGUUGUUCGCAUCGCUCCAGACGAAGUUACAUUUGCUCAAGCAGAAGCCUACCAAGAUAUAUUUCAAUCUCGGCCGGACAACAAACCAUUUUUGAAGGACCACAUUUGGUGGGAGACUCAGCCAGGCCUCCCGGACACUAUCUUGAGUGCAAUCAACCCUGAAAAACACGCUCGUAUCCGAAGACUUCUUGCGCCUGGGUUUACGCCACGAGCUUUACGAGAUCAAGAACCUAUUUUACAUCAAUACGUAAACCUACUUGUUGAACGCCUGCACGAACGCGCGCGGGAAACUAAAGAGGCUCGAAUUGACCUUGUUCCUUGGUUGAACUUCACAACAUUUGAUAUAAUCGGAGACCUUGGUUUUGGAGACUCUUUUAACUGUCUACAACACUCUCGCUACCACCCUUGGAUCGCGUUACUUUUUAGUACCGUUAAAGCUGCUACAUGGGUAGCAUCAGCACGCUACUAUCCUUUAGUAGAAUCGAUCCUACUCAAGUGCAUUCCACCUUCUUUAAUGAAGACGCAGACUGAUCAUUACCAACGUAUUGCUGAUAAGGUCGAUCGGCGUCUCAAUUUCGAAGUGGAACGACCUGAUAUACUUUCAUAUGUCAUUAAGAAACGUGAAGAAGAGGCUAUUCCAAUUGGCGAAAUUAAUUCUACGUUCAUGAUACUGACUACUGCUGGUAGCGAAACUACGGCCACCCUUCUCACAGGAAUCAUGAACUAUCUGGUCAAUUAUCCAGAUAAACUUGGUAUACUAGUAGACGAGAUACGUCAUAAUUUUCAUCGCCACGGGGAUAUCACCCUAGAAGCCUUACGUGGUCUCCCGUAUCUUAACGCUGUAAUUAACGAGGGCUUUCGGUUGUGCCCUCCCGUCCCUUGGAUACUGCCAAGACGAGUCCCUCAAGGUGGGGGUAAGGUGUGUGGUAUAUGGCUUCCAGGUGGAACAGCAGUGUCAGUCCAAGCCUAUACGACCAAUAGGGACCCCAAUUACUUCCAUUCCGCAUCGGCCUUUAUUCCCGAACGUUGGCUUCCCGAAGUACAUUCUGACCCCACGUCUCCCUUUUCAAAGGACUGUCGUGAAGCUGUGCAGCCAUUCAGUCUUGGUCCACGUAGUUGCCUCGGCCAGAAUCUGGCGAUGGCAGAGUUACGACUAAUCAUUUCAAAACUUCUCUGGACGUUUGAUUUCGAGGCAAUAGAGGAAGAAAGACUGGACUGGGAGAAUCUUAGAGUAUUUUUACUCAUCGAGAAGAAACCCAUCCAAGUGAAGAUAAGGCUAAGGAGUGGCGUGAGUUAG